AUGGACACAAGGCUUAUGAACAGUCGUUCUCGAGGCCUACGGGAAUCAACGGCUUAUUUCCACCUAGCCUUUAUGUUUGCAGGGCUUAGCGUGAUGGCAAUGGGAGCAUAUACUAUAAACUCGAGCACAAGCAUAACAGUAUCACUGUCGCUCCUUCUUAUCGGAGGAAUCAUAACAGUCAUUAGUUUUAUUGGCUGUUUUGGUGCGCACCUUGAACACACUGGGUUCCUGAGAACAUACAGCAGUGCAACGACAAUAUUUUUGAUCAUACAGAUAGCUCUUGUUGGUAUUAUCUAUUGUCAUCGUUCACAGAUUGAUUACUAUGCAAGCUCUCUUUGGGACUUCUUUAACGAUAAUGACAUUCGAUUCUUGGUGGACUUUGAACAAGCGUUUCACUGCUGCGGAUAUGGUUCAAUUAACGAUCGAGCAGUACCUAGUACAUGUGCCCUUUCUUUAGAUGUCGAUUCUGGUUGUAAAGAUACCCUUGUUCUUCUAGUAGGAACAUGGUCAGAAUGGCUUAUUGGAGGCCUUGUAGUAUUGCUUGCUCUUCAGUUGAUUGCGUUGAUUAUUGUUCUUGUACUCACGGUGUUAAUGGAACGUGACGCCAAAGAAGAAGAAAUGUAUCUGUCCUUGAUCUCCAGACAAAAUACAAAUCAUUCGUGGUUCAAUGGAAAUAUGAACGGAGAAGGUCCGAGUAGUAUCGGUAUCGUUGGCAGUAGUAACGGUGGCAACGGUGGCAUUGGUGGAAAUGGAGGUUCCUUCUUUGGCAGAUACCCCCAAUCAAAUUGGCAAAGGUCCAACUUUUACUCGCCUAACAACAGCAGCAGCAACUUCAAUGGUAGCAGCAACAAUAGCAACAGUGGCAGUAUUAAUAACAUCAUUAACAGCAGCAGCCUCGGCAACAAUCCUCAACGUGUACCACGCUAUGGAAAAUUAAAGGUUAUUCUUACUUGCUGUCCAACCCAACCAUCUCUUUAG